GCCGUGACAACGCAACUCUCCGAAAUUGGCUGGAAUGAGAUUGAGCAGUAAUACAAUAUGUUGGAAUUGUGAAAGCAUCGUCUGUAUAAUUUUUCACUUCGCGGAUAACUAGCGUUUUUACAUCGUUUCAGCACGUGUGCAAAUCUUUCUCUGUAAGCCUUUGUGGUGGGGAUCUAACGACUGUCUUUUGUAGAACAAGAUUGAAAGAAGGAUACGUUCUAUUGGAAUCUGUUGAAUCCUGAAAAUUGAGGCAAGUAGGCCUACAUCGUGGAUUUUUACACGUCAACAGUCAUCAUUGGCAAUCUUAAGCACAGGCUCUGGAAAACAUAGGCUUUACGGUUUCCAUCAAAGCUGCACAAAAUUUAGGAAGGAUGGAAUAUUAAGAAACGCUUGAAGCAGCCAAGCCAAGAAAUUCCGUAAUUAGAUUAAAAAAUAUGAACAACUUCAGCAGCAUACAAUGAAUGGAAAUUCGACAGACAUGAACCUCUCGUUGGAGGAGUGGGACGAGGUGACUGUGUCACCGAUUCUGUUCGGGAUCGUCUGCUCUCUGUCGGCAGCCGGUAUGUGUUUGGCGUUGUUUUUCAUGACGUUUAACAUCAAACACCGCCGUAACAGAAUUGUGAAGAUGUCAAGCCCAAACCUUAAUGUUAUAAUGCAAUUGGGAGCAAUCAGUCUUUACGCAUGCCCAGUUUUGUUUGGAAUAGAGGGCGUUGGCAGUGGCUCGGAUACAUUACUCACGGGAUUCUGUCAGGCACGAGUAUGGUGUUUAACUAUUGGUUUCACAUUAGUUUAUGGGACAAUAUUCAGUAAAUCGUGGCGGGUCCACACGAUCUUCAAAAGUGCAAGUGUGAAAAGAACGGUAUUUCUACGAUUUAUAAUAAAUUUCGUACACCACCAAAGUGUUUUAUUUUUUUUUAAAUUAUUAUUUCUAAAGUUGAAAGCUUGGAAGGAAAACCCACAAGCCAACUUAUCAAGAGCUAUAACAGCAUCGUACCUGGCAUGCUCAGGAAACGCUUCUUUCAACAAAAUUGAAGAGGAAUUGUUUUUGUUAUCGGCAGAAAAUGUAGCGCUCAAAAAGUCCUUAUCCGAGAAAGAUGAAACCAUCAAAACGAUGCAAGAACAUGUACAGAACGCACGCGAAAAACUGGAACAACUACAAGUGGACGGAGAUGCGAGACAAGACAGCGGAUGUGACGUAGACAUGUCUUCGUCUUCAACCGGUAAUGAUGACGUAGACAUUUCAAGAGAUACUGCAUUGGACGAAACUGGUACCAUGACCCUAGGAAACAGUGUAUUAUAUCAGACAGGUCCAGUAUUAGCGGUCAAUGGACUCGACCUUCAUCAACUUACAAGAACAGAAAGUUUAGACAGAUUUAGCAAUGUUAGGAAAAGGCCCCCACGAGAUAGGAACAGCUUGCGUAGUAUCAACAGUUGUCUUACUGCGACAUCUACGAACAAUUUUGCAGACUUAAAAGAUUCAAUUGCUAAAAAUCUCCAUGUUGCACAUACGCUGUCCUCGACGCUUAGAAGCUCAAUCGCAGACGAGUUGAACUCCUGCAGAAAACGACCAAUGUAUCAUGAAAUAGCCGACACAGAAAGAGACAUUGCGCAUGCGUUUCAACAAAGCUACAACUUUGAUAACGCGGAUGUAUUAUCCGUGAUAAGCAAUGGUAGUGUCUUUACAUACGAUAAUCCCGUGUUCAUGAGAGGUAGUGAUUUUCGGCUAAGUGGUAGUAGUUACUAUACUGGUCGCACAAGUAGACAUUCAAGUUUUAGAUCCAUUGCGAGUUUUGCCUCGGAUCUUACUGACAGAAGUCGUGCGUCUUCGUUUUCGAGAAAGCUUAAAUGGCCACGAUACAUCCCGCCUCAACAAGAUCACUUAAUCCCUCCGCCAACUCACGAUUUGCCAAGAGUUGUAAAAAUUGAAAUGGUAAGGUCAACGGGGAAAAUGAAUUCCACAUACGUAUGACGUAAUUAAUAUUAUGAGUUUCAAUUAAGGUAACGCCGAAUUAAAUGCCUAACACCAAGUACGUUUCGAUGCCUUCACCACCAAAAUAUUUUGUUGAAUUUUAUUUCGAUAUGUUGCAAAGGCAAGUAAACAAUUGACUUUCCUGUAUCAUGUUUUAUCCACGCUAUCAAGCUUUUAUGACAAAUUAUGAUUUGCCCGUGUGAUAUGACAUCCGAUGGAAGUAAUGGCAAAAUCACAUGUCGCAUAAAAGGGGAUAGUGUGGACAGAGCUUUAUUUUAUUGCGUAAUCAAACGAACGUGUGUGGAUCGAAAACACCUUUGAAUUAAGAUGUAAUAUAUUCAAUUAAAUACUCAAAUGCAAGUUUGUGUUACGUAUCGAAUUAUUAUUGAUGACGAAAUAGUGGAUGAAAAUAGAGAGGAUGGUGAACAUGUAUGUGUGAAGUUUUUGGAAGGGCUAUGUUUGUGAUGUUUGUUUGGGGUAUUAUAGUGGUGAGUAUUAUAGAGGGCGUGGUACUGGUGUUGAGAAGAGUGUGUGGUGUUCGCUAAUGACAGUGUUAUACUCCUUAUUCCCUGGUCCGUAGACGAUAAAGUUUUUUUGCAAGAACAAUAAUGUGUGUGACGCCAGGUAUAAACUGUUGAAAUAUAACAAUAUAAUAUAAAUAUAUUAGUAAGCUUAUUAAAAUGUAUAUUUACUAUAUUAGUACAUAAUAUUAUCUGCUGCUGUAUUUUUGACAAAAAUUAAAUAUCUAUGGUAUUAGUCUGUUGAUACAGUGUAGAUUUGGACAAUAUUGAAGACGUGACAAACACCUAAGAAUCCUUAUAAGUUGAGUUUGAUAACUUAAACAAUUAGGUUACUCUGAGUUAUAAUAGUAAGGGAACGGACUAUAUCUAUGGUCAUAAAUAUCAACAAUUAAAAUAGAUUCAAGUAAUUACCUUUCCACAAAAAAUUUAUAUCAAGAUAGUCCUAUCUUAUGCCAUAAACUCAGAGCCUAUAAUGAAUUCGUUGUUAUGAAUCGCAAAAUAGAAUAUUUAUAGGCAUGCAGUUUGACAAUAUUAAUGAAAGAAAAUAUGUACUGUAUUUCAAUUGACUACCUUAUGUUUAUUUAUGACUGUAUUUGACGUACAUUGAAUAAAUACUACUGACGCUAUUCCAA